AUGGUACACUACAUCCGUUAUCUGAGAACACCUCAGGUCAAGAAUGCUUCAAAGAAAGCACUCGAGAUCUCUGCUGUUGCUGCUGUAACCACCGACCUUGGCGAUUCUUUUCUUGCACAAGAUUUGACACUUGUCGCACGAGUCGUUGAUGCCACAGAGAAUGGUGAGGUUCUAUGUCUAGCUGAAGUGGAAUGGAAAUCUCAUUCGAGGGCCACGAAGAUUGAUAUCUCCUGCCCAUCCAAGUUCAUGGAGCGUUUGGUCACUCUCCACGUCUCUACGCGUGAUAGUGUCUCUGCUACUCUCACGUCUAAAAGCCCUGCAGUGGUUGACAUUUGGAGCUCUACGUUUCAUCUCAAGCUGAAAGCAAAAGCAGAACCGCUUGUCGAACGCCGCUUGCAAUCACAUGGAAGAGUCCCUGUGCGCAUAUGGGAGGAAACUGGGGACAGUAUUGCACGACAUAUCUGGGAUGCAAGCUUAGGCUGCCUUAUCUACCUCAGAUCUUGUUUUGAAAAUCCAGAGGAGACCUCGUUGCCUGUUCUUCGAGAGCUCCUUACUAGCAAUAAAUCGCAACGACUACGCGUGUUAGAAGUUGGUGCGGGUUGUGGGAUAUUUGGCAUUGCUGUAUCGCAGGCAAGAAAGUGUGAGGUUUUCCUUACUGACCUCGAGGAUGCUCAAGACAUUAUGCAAGUCAAUGUCGAUUGUGCCAAGCCAGCCGCUGGCUCGUCCUUGCAACGGCAAGUGCUGGAAUGGGGCGAAGAUCUAGACAGCCUUAAGGAUACCAAGUUCGACUUGGUACUUGUGUGCGAUUGCAUCUACAACCCGGAAAGCAGUGUCUUAUUAGUCCGAACCCUCACUCAAAUUUCCGAACAUAAUCCCAAACUUCUCAUUUUUGUGGCUUUCAAACGUCGCCACGAUGCGGACGAUGUCUUUUUCUCAAGCCUGCAAAAGACACGUCUUCGUGUAAUUGAGCAAGGCUUUAUCAAUUUGCCACAUGUCAUGACAGACCACGAUGUCGCUGAACCUCGGAUUGAGACUUUCGUUUAUCAGGCCUAG